CUUUCCGUCUUCUUUCCCCUUCCUUUAUAAACCUCUCAUUCCCCCUUCAUUUCCGAAUCCUUCCUCUCUCAUAUCUCUUCGAGCUGCGCAUCUGGAGAACGAGAUCGCCUGAGAAACAUCUGGAAGACUAACGCGAAUCAGGCGGCCGACGUUUCCCCCGGAGCUCGCUUCUUCGAUCCGCAUCUACUCUCAAAGUACAGUAAAAGAUGGCAGACGGUGAGGAAAUUCAGCCCCUUGUCUGUGACAAUGGAACCGGAAUGGUGAAGGCUGGGUUUGCUGGUGAUGAUGCACCAAGGGCAGUCUUCCCCAGUAUUGUUGGCAGACCUAGGCACACUGGAGUUAUGGUUGGUAUGGGUCAGAAGGAUGCCUAUGUUGGUGAUGAGGCUCAAUCUAAAAGAGGUAUCUUGACGUUGAAGUACCCAAUUGAGCACGGUAUUGUCAGCAACUGGGAUGACAUGGAAAAGAUUUGGCAUCACACCUUCUACAAUGAGCUUCGUGUUGCACCUGAGGAGCACCCAGUCCUUUUGACGGAGGCCCCUCUUAACCCAAAGGCCAACAGAGAGAAGAUGACCCAGAUCAUGUUCGAGACAUUCAAUGUCCCCGCCAUGUAUGUUGCCAUCCAGGCCGUCCUCUCCCUGUAUGCCAGUGGUCGUACUACUGGUAUCGUGUUGGAUUCUGGUGAUGGUGUGAGUCACACCGUGCCAAUCUACGAGGGUUAUGCUCUGCCACAUGCCAUUCUCCGUUUGGAUCUUGCCGGUCGUGAUCUCACCGAUUCGCUGAUGAAGAUCCUCACAGAGAGAGGUUACAUGUUCACCACCACAGCCGAGCGGGAAAUUGUCCGUGACAUGAAGGAGAAGCUUGCCUAUGUAGCCCUUGACUACGAGCAAGAACUCGAGACAGCAAAGAGCAGCUCGUCAGUCGAGAAGAACUACGAGCUUCCUGAUGGCCAGGUCAUCACCAUCGGAGCUGAGAGGUUCCGUUGCCCAGAGGUUCUCUUCCAGCCAUCCCUCAUUGGAAUGGAAGCUGCCGGUAUCCAUGAGACUACUUACAACUCCAUCAUGAAGUGUGACGUGGAUAUCAGGAAGGAUCUCUACGGUAACAUCGUGCUCAGUGGUGGGUCUACCAUGUUCCCUGGUAUCGCUGACCGUAUGAGCAAAGAGAUCACUGCUCUUGCUCCCAGCAGCAUGAAGAUCAAGGUUGUGGCACCCCCUGAGAGGAAAUACAGUGUCUGGAUUGGAGGGUCCAUCCUCGCAUCUCUCAGCACCUUCCAGCAGAUGUGGAUCUCCAAGUCCGAGUACGAUGAAUCUGGCCCGUCCAUUGUACACAGGAAGUGCUUCUAAGCUCCUGAAGAAGUGGGUUGAUGAGUUAUUUGUUACAUUUGGCUUUUCCUUUUUUAUCGAAUGUCGGUGUGAACUCGAGUCAGGUUUCGUGUAUUGCUUCGCAGCAGCUACUCCAGUGCGAUUUUCGUUGCUCAAAACAGUCCUAAGUUUCUGAAGUGGUUGCUUGUUGUAGUCUUUCUUUCUCAAGUAGGGGUGUCGAUAGGUUGUUGAGAGUGAGGUUUGUGAUGAGUCGUUUUUUUCUUCCUGCUUUGAGUUAUCUUCCUGCUUUGAGAUAUUUGAAGGGUUUUUUUGGUUCUUUUUUCCUGGUUACCCCUCUUGAGGGGAAGAUCAAUGUUAAUAGUUCUUUGUACGAGGGAGAAUUUUUAUGAUUAGUAUCAGGUUGCGGUCAUUAAACUGUAUGGGACCAUAUUUAUUACUUCUAUUAUUGGGAUUGAGUUUUGCCAUAUUGAUUUUCUGCUCUUAUAUGAUAAAUAGGCUAAUCAAUGUGAAAUUCAUGCCAAAACAUAGCAGGG